AUGGAAUUGGAUGAUUGCAUCACGAAAGAUUGUUCCACUAUCUACCGUUUUCAAUUUGCCAGCAUAGCAUUUAUAUGUGGUAUUUAUCUUCCAUUUACAUUUCAUUCCAAUAUAUGGUCACUUUAUACACAAUCGUUUACGCCUGUUAAUUGUGCAACAAUAAAAAAUCCAUUUCUUUCUGAAAUAUCAAAUAAUCUAACGACAAAGCCUUUGCCAAUAUUAGCAAUAGAUAAUCAAAGUCGAUCUGAAUGUUGUGCUUGUAAUGGAAAUUUGAAUGAUAAACGUUUAUCGAUUCUUUGUCAAGAAUGGGUUAGAAGUAUAAGUCAAGUUGAAAUGCGAAAAGCAACUAUUAUUGAUGAAUGGCACAUGGCAUGUGGAAAGGAAAAUCGCAAAUAUCUUUUGUUUGGUUCAAUAUCGUACUUAUUGGCUGAAAUCAUUGGCGUUGUGAUUAUUGGCAUUUUGGCGGAUAACUAUGGAAGAAAGCUGAUGCUUCUUAUGUGCCUUUAUAUACCGGUGCUUUUUGGAUCAUUGGCUGCAUUUACAACAACUUAUUCUUUAUUUGUUAUUCUUCGAUGGCCUGUAGGAUUUUUAAAUAAGGGCCUACUUUUACUUGGUUUUGUAAUGGUUAUUGAAUCAUGCGAAUAUAAACAUCGAGCUCAAAUCGGUUGUCUUCUUCUUGCAUCUUUGCCAAUUUUUGGAAUUAUUGUGGGUGUUAUUUAUUUUUUCUUAUUAGAUUGGAGACAUAUGCAAUUAUUCGGUACACUCGUUUCUACGUUAACUCUCUGUUAUCCAUGGCUUAUACCAGAAUCUCGUCGUUGGCAUGUAAAUAGUCAUCGUGUGUCACGUGUAAAUAAACUUUUACAAUUGUGUUCAACCAAGCAAACACCAUCAUUAGGUUUAAAUAAGAUUGGUUCACCAGCACCGACUUCUAUUAUCUAUGAUAAAUCUGUAAUAACAAGCAGUUCAUUACGUGCUCAAAAGGGUUCAAUAUCAUGUCUAGUAAUGGAAAAACAAUUACGCACAAUAACUUUAUGUUUAUUUGCACUUUGGUUUAUUUCAACAACUUGCUAUCGAUCUACAUUUUUUCCAACAAUUUUGCCACAUCCAACUAUGAAUUAUGUUUUAAUGAAUGCUAUCGAGUUUUUUUCAUUUAUUCUCGCUCUUAUUCUUUCUUAUAAGAUCGGACGGCGACCUCCAUUGGCUGUACUUAUAUUAGUUAGUGGUCUAUCUUCGAUUUCUCUAGCAAUAACCUUACUUGGAACAGGGCAUACUUGGCUAGAAAUAACAUUUUCACUUCUUGCACGAAGUUGUUUACGAACUUGUUAUUGUAUUUUAAUUUUAUAUACAUCUGAACUUUAUCCAACAUCAGUCCGAGCAACUGGGUUAGCUAUUGGACUUACAGGAGAAGGUCUAUCAAUGAUUCUUGUCGAAGUUCUACUUUACCUUUUAGUUGAUCGAAUAUUACUCUUAUUUAUAUCUGGUAGCAUAUUAUGUGUUAGUUGUUGCUUAAUAUUUCCGUUACCUGAAACACUUCUCUAUGAUUUACCUGAUUCACUAACUGAUUUGCAGUCCAUGAAACGUACACCAGCCAAUGAUAACGAUGGAGAUUUAUCUUCAUCAUCGCCACAUAAUAAUGCACUAGAAUCGAAUACACUUCUAAAUGAAACACAAGCGAAACCAACAACUACAUUAGAUCUUAAUGAUUUAUCAUCGCCACCUCAACAGCAAUAUCUGACUACGCCCAAGACAAUUUUGCGGUCACCAACCACAACUAGUGGAAACGGAAAAACAGUAACAAUUCAUUCUCAACCAGAAAUUAUUCAAUUACAAUCGAAUGCAUCAUCAUUAAAAGGACUUUCAAAUCCAUGUUAUUUUGCUUCGUUAAAUGGUUCUAUUGAUCAAUAUGAUAUUGAACAGCAUAUGGAUAAUACAGUGGUGAUCAGUAUUCGAGGCGCAUUAAAUAACACACAUAAUAAUAGAUCUGAAGGGCAUGAAGGAGAAGCUACAAGAUUUUAA